AUGUCCAACUUCCUGACUCAGCGAUUUGGGUACAAGCGAGAGGACAUGGUCAUUCUCACCGACGAUCAACGGAACCCUUUGAGCCUCCCUACCAAGGCCAACAUUCUACGUGCCAUGCAGUGGCUCGUUAAAGAUGCUCAACCUAACGAUUCCUUAUUCAUUCACUUCUCCGGCCACGGAGGUCGUACUCCCGAUUUGGAUGGAGAUGAGGACGAUGGAUUCGACGAUGUCAUCUACCCACUGGACUACCGCCAAACCGGUCACAUUGUCGACGAUGAUAUGCAUGCCAUCAUGGUGCGUCCACUGCGGCCCGGAGUACGAUUGACAGCGAUCUUCGAUUCGUGCCACUCGGGCACUGCAUUGGAUCUACCGUACGUCUACUCGACGCAAGGUGUUCUCAAGGAGCCCAACCUGGCCAAGGAGGCCGCUCAGGAUUUGUUCAGUGCAUUCACUUCGUAUGGACAAGGUGAUUUCUCCAGUGUCGCCUCCACCGCCAUCGGGUUCUUCAAAAAGGCAGUCAACGGCGACUCGGCCCGUGAGCGCACAAUCAUGACCAAGACCUCUCCAGCCGACGUGGUGAUGUUUUCAGGGUCCAAGGACACACAGACCUCGGCGGAUACAUUCCAGGACGGACAGGCGCGUGGUGCAUUGAGUUGGGCGUUUAUUAAAUCACUGCAACAGUGGCCACAGCAGAGUUACCUGCAGCUGCUGAACACGAUCCGAAAUGAGCUCGAAGGCAAAUACUCACAGAAGCCGCAAUUGAGCUGCAGUCAUCCCCUUGAUACCAACCUCCGCUUUGUGAUGUAA